GAAAUGAGUUUAAUAAAGUGGAUGCAGUUGGUCUUCGUUCUGGCGACCUGCUGUGCUGAGGAAGGCGAGUGGAGUGAAGACGCAGAGGAUUUAGUUUCAACGGUGGACGUAGACGCAGUGCUGGGCCGCACCGCCGGCCUGCCGUGUGACGUCACGCCCGAUGCCGCUGAGGACCGCGUUUACAUGGUGCUCUGGUUCCGGGCGGGCAAGAUCACUGGAGGAAAACCUAUAUACAGUUUCGACGUUCGUGGUCGUUCGUUCGACAAGGCGCUGCAAUGGUCUGACCCGAACGUGUUCGGACCGCGGGCUUACUUCGUGACCGUGGCUCGGCCCGCUGUACUCACGCUGGACACGGUACAACUUGACGACGAAGGAGUCUACAGAUGCCGGGUCGACUUCAAGAACUCACCAACCAGGAACUUUCAAAUAAGAUUAACUGUUAUUGUGCCCCCACAUCAACUCAUUCUUUACGACAAGUCAGGCAGAGACGUGUCAGGUGUUGUUGGACCAUUAGAGGAGGGGAAUGAAUUAGUUUUGAUCUGUGAAGUUAGAGGAGGACGGCCAGCGCCUACUGUAAUUUGGCUCAUAGAUGGUACACCAGCAACACAAUACAUUGGUGAGAAGACCGACACACACGUGGUGGUGAACCGAUUGGAAUUGCCGCAUAUAAAACGAACACAUUUGAAUACGACGUUCAAGUGUCGCGCCUCUAACACCAAUCUCGUCAGCCCACAAGAGAAGAUGGUUAGACUGGAAAUGAAUUUGAAACCAACUUUCGUUGAAAUUCUAAAUAAGCCAACAACAUUAUCGUCUGAGAAAUACGUCAGUCUCAUGUGUGUAUCAGAAGGAAGUCGACCUCCCGCUCAGCUAACUUGGUAUAAAAACAAUAGAAAAUUCAAAAGAGGAAAGGUGAUAGAAGGUGCUAACGAGACUUGGGUAAGCAGUAACCUACAAUUUAUGCCGAUGCCUGAAGACGAUGGUCUUUAUUUAAAAUGUCAAGCGGAUAACAGCGCCAUGCCUGGACAAAGUAUUGAAGAUGCGUUUAAAUUGGAUGUUGUUUACCCACCCGUGGUGUCAUUGUCACUGGGCAGCACCCUUAACCCGCACGACAUCAAAGAGGGCGACGACGUGUACUUCGAGUGUUCAGUCCGUGCUAACCCGAGAGAACAUCGCAUCACGUGGUAUCAUAAUGAUAAGGCGGUGUUACACAACGUGAUAGCGGGCGUGAUAGUGAGCACGAAGUCGCUCGCAUUGCAGAAGGUGAGCCGCGACCACGGCGGUGACUACUCGUGUCGCGCUACCAACGCGCUAGGCGAGACUGCCAGCCAGACCACACAUCUAAGUAUACAAUAUGCUCCGGUAUGCGCACUCUCCUCACCACAAGUGCUCGGCGCACAGCUGGACGAGACACUCCGAGUUCGUUGCUCAGUCAAAGCGAACCCACCAGACGUUACCUUCUUCUGGCAGUUUAACAAUAGCGGAGAAAGUCUAGAUGUAGCACCAGCUAAAUUUGGAAUAACAAAUGGGAGCACAAGUGAGUUAAGUUACAAGCCGCAGAGCGAACGUGACUACGGUACACUCAGUUGUCGCGGCAGCAACUCCGUCGGUCGGCAACUCGAGCCCUGUGUGUUCCAGAUCGUACCUGCCACUCGACCGUCUCCACCGCGCAACUGUUCUUUAAGAACCAGUAACAGCACGGAAGGAGACAGCAAUCUUCUGCAGGUGUACUGCGUGGCGGGGUACGAUGGCGGUCUGCCACAAUCCUUUGUACUGGAAGCAUUAGACCCUGUUACUGGAAAGACUCGUUACACUGAAUCUGUCACGGAGUCAGAUGGUUUAGCUUCAUUUUGGUUAGACGUAACACAUGUAUCUUCGGGAAGUGAUAACGAUGGAGCGACUUUGAAUCUUCUUAUCUAUGCAAAAAAUAUGAAAGGUGAAUCGGAACGAACACUUUUAGAAAACAUUGCAUUUAAUGACGCAGCUAAACAUACAGAUGGAAAAGGUGCAAUGGGUAACAUAACCAUGGGUGUCGUAGUCGCAGCUGCUUUGGGAGCGACUCUUGCAAUCGGUAGUAUAGCGUUGGGAGCCGUUUGUUCCCGUCGUCGUCGGUCGCACCCCCCACACAAGCAUCCUCCAGGAGACAUGCUGGAACUUAGUGACGGCGGUCGGAGAUACGUAGUCGCUUACACCAUAAAACCGUCAGAAGUCAAGACUCCAGAUCCACAGCCUGACAUUUUGAAUGCUCCUGAUGUUGAAAAUCAAUCAUCGCCUCAAAAAGUGUUAGAAGCUGAUGAAUGGCCUACCAUAAAGGAAGUUCGAAGUGAUUGGGAAAACUCAGGGCCAGUGUUUUCAGCAGAUGACUUAGCAAUGCUUGAUUCUGCAGUACGUUCGCAACAGAUAACGCCAAAUAACGAAUUAGUACCAAGUAAUAGACAAGAAGAUGUAAUUAAUCAAAACAUACCCAUAGAGUUUUCUAAUAAUUAUAGGCCUAGUUUCAUAGCUACUAAUAGUCCGACAUUAGGAAGCCCUAAUUUUGUAUGUCCUAAUGGUAAUGGAAGUCCAACAUUCGAAAACCAUCCAUCUAUGAGUAUUACUGGGCCUUCCUUAAGUUCAGGAAGCUUAACAUCUUCAACUUUACAAAGGAAUAAAGGUAAAACAGUGCCGCGAAGAAGAGAACAUGUUUUGGCAGAAAAUUUACCAGGACCCGAAAGUUGUGUGUAAAUAAACUUUUUUCUAAAAUCAGUG